AUGCGGUAUGCACGGUUCCACAUUUGGAGACGGGAUCCAAAAAAUCUUUUCCUCCACCACCACCGUGUGUGCUCGUGCCGGGCUUGCCUCGAUGCCCUCUCGUGCGCUCGCAGAGCAGAAGUACAUUGCAUCAUGGGUGCCGGCGGCAGGAUGACAGAGAAGGAGCGGGAGCUGCUCGGCCGCGGCGGCGCCAGCACGACCUUCCAGCGCUCGCCGACGGACAAGCCGCCGUUCACGCUGGCCCAGAUCAAGAAGGCAAUCCCGCCACACUGCUUCGAGCGCUCGGUGAUCAAGUCCUUCUCCUACCUGGGCCAUGACCUCGUCAUCGUCGCGGCCCUACUGUACGUGGCGCUGGUCUGGAUCCCCACCCUCCCGAGCGUGCUGCAGCUGGGCGCCUGGCCGCUCUACUGGGUCGUGCAGGGCUGCGUCAUGACCGGCGUCUGGGUCAUCGCGCACGAGUGCGGCCACCACGCUUUCUCCGACUCCUCGCUGCUCGACGACAUCGUCGGCCUGGUGCUCCACUCGUGGCUGCUCGUCCCCUACUUCUCGUGGAAGUACAGCCACCGCCGCCACCAUUCCAACACGGGCUCGCUGGAGCGCGACGAGGUGUUCGUCCCCAAGCAGAAGGAGACGCUGGCGUGGUACGCCCCCUACAUCUACAGCAACCCCGUCGGACGUCUGGGGCUCCUCGUCGUGCAGCUGACCAUCGGGUGGCCGAUGUACCUGUCGCUCAACACCUGCGGCCGCCCGUACCCGCGCUUCGCCUGCCACUUCGACCCCUACAGCCCGAUCUACAACGACCGGGAGCGCGCCCAGGUUUCCAUCUCGGACGUCGGCGUGCUGGCCGUGUCCCUCGCCUUGUCCAAGCUCGCGUCGGCCUUGGGGUUCUGGUGGGUGGUGCGGGUCUACGGCGUGCCGCUGCUGAUCGUGAACGCGUGGCUGGUCCUGGUCACCUACCUGCAGCACACCCACCCGGCGCUGCCGCACUACGACUCGACGGAGUGGGACUGGCUGCGCGGGGCGCUCGCCACCAUGGACCGCGACUACGGCAUCCUCAACCGCGUGUUCCACAACAUCACGGACACGCACGUGGCGCACCACCUCUUCUCCACCAUGCCGCACUACCACGCCAUGGAGGCCACCAAGGCGAUCAAGCCCAUCCUCGGCGAGUACUACCAGUUCGACCCCACCCCCGUCGCCAAGGCCACAUGGCGCGAGGCCAAGGAGUGCAUCUACGUCCGGCCCGAAGACCGCAAGGGAGUCUUCUGGUACAGCAACAAGUUCUCUGCGCCUUAG